AAAAAUCCCAGGAAUAAAUUGAAAGAGUAAAACCCCUCUUCUACCCUAAACAGCUGAAUCUCUCUCCUUCUCAGACGGACAAAUUCGUCAUGUCACUAUCCCGCCACCUACUGCGGCAACGCCCGCCGUCCAAAUCCGGCGUCCUCCGCCGCUUCUCCACCGCUCACACCACCACCGCCGUCGAAUCUCCAACCUCCAGUCGGAACCAGCACGAAUUUCUCCCUCGCUGCGGCUACAUAAAUUCCUGGCAACCCUCGCGAGACCCCAAGCAGGCCGCCGCGCAUCUGGCCUUCCUCCGCCGCGAUUACGACCGUAAGGUGAAGCAAAUGCGGAAGGAGUACAUUGAGGAAGUGGAAUUGCAGAGGAUCGAUAAAUCGCGCAAGGACGAGGCCAGAAAGGAAGCUUUGAGGGUCGCAAACAUGGAGAGGAAAGCUGCCAAGGAAGAGAAGAAGAAGGCCGAGGCGAUUGAGAGGCGAGCUGCUGAGGAAGAAUUCCGCCAAAUGUUGAGUAAAGAAAGAGCAGAGAAACUCGAGUAUUGGAGGAUUAGAGAGAAGAAAAUCGAGGAGAAGAAGAAAGAGAAGAAUGAGCUUGUGCGCAGACAAAGUUCUUUAUGGGUCGAGGAAUCUGAAUUAGUGAAUAAGGCAUUGUGCUCCAUUGUUCAAACAACUAAACUGGAACAUUUUGACCUGAAGAACUGAUUGCAUUUGCUGGAAUGCUAUUGGUGCAGAGUUUCACGCACGGUAAUUCACGUUUGAAAUUUUGAAAAUUUCUGCUCCGUCUGAGUUUAACUUGUUACCGUUAUCCAAUGAAUCAGUUCGCAUUUUUCCUCUCCAUUUGCAUUGUUGGCUUAUAUAGAUGAAGUUAGGAUUUCGAUUGCUUUAGCCUGGAAAUAACAAGACUUGUGACUUGUAUGUAUUUCUAAAAUCAAUUUACCAAUCAGGGAGGGUAUAGUAAAGUCGAUGAAUUACGUAAUUAAAUUCGAAUCCGGGAAUAAAUUUGUGGGAGAAUUGAAGA